AUGCGACAGCUUUCCCGAUCGAGACUGACUGACUCCCUCCUGUUUUUUUGCUUCUUCUUCGCUGGCAGCGCGCUCAUCGUAGGCUUCUUCAUCCUCGACCGGGUCGAGCCCUUCCACCAGCCGUUUGCCCUGCAGAACUACACGCUGCACUACCCGUAUGCCGUCCACGAACGAGUGCCCAUCCCGCUCGCCCUCGCGAUCUCCGGCGGCUUCCCCGUGCUGGUCAUCGUCGUCUACACGAUCGUCCUGGACGGGCUGUUCUCGCACAGCAAGCCGGUCAACAUUGCGACGGGAAAGCGGAAGCUGAUGGGCAAGUACCGGCUCAAGGACCGGCUGUGGGAGCUCAACUGCGGCAUCCUCGGGCUGGUGCUGGCCCAGGGAGCAGCAUUCGUUAUCACCGGUGCGUUGAAGAAUGCAUGCGGUAAGCCUCGUCCGGACCUGAUCGACCGGUGCAAGCCCAGGACCUUCGAGCAGCCGGAGUUUGGCCUGUCGAACUAUACUAUCUGCACGCAGACAGACCACGAGAUCCUGAAAGACGGGUUUAGGUCAUUCCCAUCAGCUUCGUUCGCUGGGCUAUUCUAUCUAUCACUCUACCUUGCUGGAAAACUGCAUGUCAUGGACAGCCGCGGAGAAGUCUGGAAAGCGUUCAUUGUCAUGGUACCUACACUCUCUGCAGGCUUAGUGGCUGUGUCUCGCAUUAUGGAUGCGCGGCAUCACCCAUUUGAUGUCAUCUCCGGGUCCCUGCUGGGCGUUGGUUGCGGCUGGGUUGCGUACCGGCAGUACUUCCCAUCUCUUGCAGAGCCCUGGAAAAAGGGCCGAGCUCAUCCAAUCCGCACCUGGGGAUCGAUUCCAGAGCCUCCAGUGUAUACCCACCGCCGGCUCCUUGAGUAUGAGAACGACCAGAUGAAACUGGUCCCUCGCGCGGAUGAAGAGUACCAGGCCGCUCAAGCUUCCCAGGAGCAGGCACAGGGACAUGAAAUCCCCGAAUCCGCUCCGGCCCUUAUGAGCAACCCCUUUGAACACCAAAAGGCUCAGAGACGCAGACGCCUUGCUGAUACGGACUAUGGUGCGUCAAGCAGCGAGUCGGAGGGUUAUGAGAUGCAGCAGACGAGAUAUGAACCCAGACACCACCAGGGUGCCGCCGAUACCAGUUCGGAUGCUGCGCCCAGAUACGCUGCCUACCAUCCUCCCGAUAACAGAGCUUCUUCCAACAGUCCACCUCUUGAGCGUCACCCUGCAUCCAUUGUCAAAUCAUAA